AUGGCCAGGCAACCUCAUAUUUUGCACCUUAACUGGUCGGCGUCAAAUGCCGAACUCUUACGCAAUGGAGCGAGGAAUGAUUGCACGGCAGUUGGCAACCAAAACAGCAACGACCUCUUUCGCUUUACUCGGGGGCGAUUUCUUUCAGAUGAGUCCCGUCAUCUUUCUAAGAGAUAUGUUCAAUUUGAAAUCGAUGAGCUUGCUCGAUUAGCUGUUCGUGCUGCCGAAACUGCAAGUCAAGGGUCGCGAAGAUGCGUCAACACCGAGAAACUGCCGGACGGAAUGCAUAACAAAGUUGUUCGGUUUACGAUGGAUGACGGUUCACAAAUUGUGGGCAAAGUACCUAAUCCUAAUGCUGGCAAAGCGAAUUUUACCACGGCCUCAGAAGUCGCUACCAUGGAUUUUCUGCGAAACGUUAUGAAGAUACCCAUACCGAAUGUUCUGGCUUGGAGCUCUACAUCUGAAAAUGAAUUAUGGGAUAAACUUGAAGUUAAUGUGAAGUUUAAGGUACUCCGAAAUAUUGCCUUCUACCAAGAGGCUUGGUUACAUACCACUUUCUCGCAUUAUGGGAGUCUGUAUUACAAGAACGAUGUCGGACUGUCGACGCCUAGCGUCGAAUAUACCGAUAAAGCAGGAGUCACCAUCGUGGAUGACCGUUUCACAAUUGGUCCAUCGGUGAGCAGGCAAAAUACCGAUGAUGGCAGACUUGAAAUGGACUUUGACAGAGGUCCAUGGACUACCGCAGCGGACUAUGAACGUGCUACAGGGUUGAGGGAGAUAUAUUGUACUGAAAAUAUGCCGAAGCUCCCUAGGUCCCCAAUUGCCCUUCACUAUUCUGGAACAUACCAACCUUCUCGAGAGUCGAAGAUUCUCGCGAUAGAAAGUUAUCUCAAACUUUUGAGAUAUCUUCUGCCUGAAGUGUCUAUCCAGACCUCUCAUAUCUGGCACUGUGACUUGCAUGCGGAGAAUAUCUUUGUCAAUCCGAGCAACCUGUCAGAAAUAUAUGGAAUUAUCGACUGGCAAUCCACUGAAUUAGCGCCAUUAUACGAUCAUCCUAUUGAGCCCUACAUCCUCGAAUACGAUGGCCCGCCUCUCGAUGGCCUGCUGGACCGCCCAAAACUCGCCGACAUCCGUUCACUCUUUCAAGGUGAUCCCGAGCCGCUGGCCGAACGCAAAGCUACCUCACUGUACACUAAAAUGUCACUAGUGUCAUUGUACAGACACUUGGUGCAUAAGAAAAUGCCGCUGCUAUUCAAGGCUCUCGAGUUUCGUGAAACGCUUUGCUUCCAGUUGCUUCUUUUUACUCGAAACCUCCUUGUUGAUGGCGAGGCAACUUACUUGGCUUUAUUGGCAGAUCAGCAGCAAAACAACUGGAAAGAUAUCCCAAAACUGAAUCACACUGACGAGAAGUUCCCACUUGUUUUUUCAGCAGAGAUGCUCCGCCAGAUCGAAAGGGAUCACAUAGGUGCUACCUCUUCGAUGGAAUUGAUGCGAGAGAUCCAGGAGAUGAUAGGACCUAAAUACUUCUAUGCCCGCGGCGUGGUGACCCAUGAUGAAUACAACGAGGUCAGUCAGAUUAUACCCCGAGCUAAGAAAGAGUUUAUUCGCAAAUAUGCUCGCGAUGAAGGUGAAAUUGCAGAAUUGGAGAGCGCUUGGCCAUUCGAUUGA